CUCUACAUACACACCAUAUAAAUAUGACGGCUUUGCGCUUUGUUCGUUCGGUCUGGGAGUCCUUUCGGGCUACUUCGGGGCUGGAGCCUCGACUGCUAGACAACCUCCGUGUGACGGCCGCCAAGCCUGGACUGGUGAACUUCGAACUAGACGUCAAGAAAGAGCACACGAAUCGCUUGAACAUCCUCCAUGGCGGUACCAUCGCUAGCAUGGUGGACCUGGGUGGCUCGCUGGCUGUUGCUUCCCGCGGUCUCUAUGCGACCGGCGUUUCAACCGACCUCAACGUGACAUACCUGAGCUCCGGUGGUAAAGUAGGCGAUAAGGUUCUAGCGGAAGUCAGCUGUGAUAAAUUCGGCAAGACCCUUGCAUACACCUCGAUCAAGUUCCUCAACAACAAGGGUGAGGUCUUUGCCCGAGGAAGCCACACCAAGUUUGUUGCUCUCGCAUGGAAAGACCCGCAAAACAUCGUCGAGGAGAUUUCCAAGAGCGAGCCGUGAAGGGCUGGAUCGGGCCCCUGCUCAAGCGAGCCAUUCAACGGGGGCUGUCUUUAGAACUGACCGACGACACGACAGACCGCCGACAGAAAUGGCGGGAGUACAUUAGGGUAUAGAAGUUUGUGUGUAGUAUAUAUAAAUCGGAGCUUAGCCGGCCAUCAAGGCUUUUAUCCUC